GCUCUUGAACCCUAACCCUACCUAUUAACCCUUACCCCCAAACCUGUGGUUCGGAGCCAUUGGCACUUGCACUUCCCUACCCUCCUCUCUCUCUCACAUCCCAAUCCUUCCCCAACCCCUCUCUCCUAUAUUUAUCCUUCCUUCUCAUUCUAUGUUUCAAGCUAACCUAAAUAAUGGACCCCUCCCCAAAAAUCUCAGGCCCGGAUACCAAGCCCAGGACCUUCUCCUUCUCCAACGGCGGUCUGAAGCGCCACCACCACCGGUCGUUGCCGGCGGCGGACUUCCUAUAUAGGGAAUGCCUCAAGAACCACGCCGCCAGGCUCGGUGGCCACGCCCUCGACGGCUGCGGUGAGUUCAUGCCCUCGCCGGCGGCCAACCACGUCGACCCCACCUCCCUCAAAUGCGCCGCCUGCGGCUGUCACCGCAACUUCCACCGUCGCCUGCCGAAGCCCCUCCUCCUCCACCACCAUGACGACGGCGGCGGCCUGGAGGGCGGGGACGAGAUGGACGGAGGCCAUGAUGAGGACGACAUCAACGGGCGGAUAGAGGAGGAGUACGGCUCAGCCGACGGCCGCCGCCGUUGCCGUAGCUCCGCCUCUCCCCCGCCCUACUCCUCCGCUCCCCACAUGCUCCUCGCGCUCAGUUCCGGCCUCCCUGGCGCCCCCUUUCCGGGACGGGCGGUGGGGCCGCCUGCGGCGGCGGCGUUGCCGAGGAAGAGGUUUCGAACGAAGUUCAGCCCGGAGCAGAAGGAGAGAAUGCACGAGCUUUCGGAGAGAUUGGGGUGGAGGAUGCAGAAGAGGGAUAAAGGAUUGGUGGAGGAAUGGUGCCGAGAGAUCGGCGUCGGGAAGGGUGUAUUCAAGGUGUGGAUGCACAACAACAAGCACGCCUUCUCGGGCUUCGCAGGGAGAGGGGAGGCAGGCGGCGGAAGCGGCAGCGGAGGAGGAGUUGGGGGCGGCGGCGGCGGUUGCCGUGAUGGUGGCGGGAUUGAGGGGAGCGGCAAUGACAGCGGCGGCCACAACAGCCAUGUUUCUUCUUCCUCCUGAGAGGGUGGAAGAGAAUUAUGUUGUUGUUGUUAGUUUUCCUAGUUGUUAUUGAUGGUUAAUUUGGUGUUUCUGGUCUUAAUGAUGGUGAUUUGAAACACUAGCUUUAAGUUUUUUUUUUCCCUUUUUAUUAACAGUGGAAAGUGGUAAUGAAAAUUUUAGCGAGAGAUCUUAAA